GUAUUGUAUGAAAUAUAACUCGAGUAAUUCUAAUCGAAACAGCCAAGACUCACUUUCCCGUGAUGAUGUGCUGAAUGAAUCCCAGCGACAUUUCACCACUCGUUUGCACUGCACCAAAUACUCUCUGGAGAGGUAUUCAUCUGGCAGUUUGAAGAGAAAGGCUGUUGGCAGCAAACAAGAUACGACAGUUUUUCCAAAUCGUAUUGUGCCAACUGCUCGGAUAAAGGCUCGCCUGGCACAGAUUCCAAAUUUACUAGGACCAUAUAUAUGCAAACUGUGUCAUCGUGAAUUCCGCGAUCCGUUUCACCUUGCUGGCCAUCGAUGUCCUUGCAUCAUACACACGGAUUACCGUUGUCCUGAAUGUGAAAAGAGAUACACGGGUUGCUUGAAACGGUCACCGGUGUUUAACUGUCCAGCAAAUUUGGCGAGCCAUCGGCGGUGGCACAAACCGAAGCGAAUCAAUAAUUGCUUAGAAGGAAUAAAUUCACUUGGGUCAAACGUGGCAAUGGCAACGACUGCAAAAGCCGACAACUACCCGAUUCAGACAAUAUCAGAUUACCCAAAGACGACCCCUUCAAAAACUUUAUCCAGAAAUAGUGAACCUACACAUCCGUCUGACCGUGCGCGUAACUGUGCUGUGCCUUGGAGCCAGGAUCCUCUUGGCGCAAACUUUGACGAUACGGGAUCGAUCAAAAUUGCCGCUAGAACGAGACAACUUAGCAAGAACUGCAAUAGCUUCACCGUGGAUGCGAUUCUCGGACGGACAACCGUAUCUCAAACAAGAUCUAGGGGUGGUGUGGUUGAAGAAUCCCAUCAACCAAGGAACAGCAUAACUCAGUCAUUCAAGCCUGCACAUCCCCAUCAACUCUGGAAAACUGCGGAAAUCGAUUGCUCACAGGAUGCCGUGUUUCCCCAUAAUGGACCGAGGCAUGUGGAACUUGUGCCCGUAUCAGACGCGGGACCAACAAUGGAUGGGAAUGUCAAAGUUGGAUCACAUCCAUG